GUGUUCAUCGAGGACGUGAAUGACAACUCCCCGGUAUUCACCAAGGCUCUUCUGGACCUGGAGAUCAGUGAAUUAAUUCCUCCCGGUGCUCGUUUUCCUUUAGAGAUGGCGCGAGAUGCAGAUGCAGGAAGCAAUUCUCUGCUGACUUACCAACUAUCCAGCAACCCGUCCUUCUCCCUGGACAUGAAGGAAAAGCCGGGUGGCAAGAAGCAGCCAGAAUUGGUACUGGAUAGAGUGUUGGACCGAGAGAAACAGAGUUCCUUCGAGUUGGUGCUGAUGGCGGUGGAUGGUGGGGACCCAGCAAGGUCUGGAACUGUCCAGGUUCGAAUCAAUGUUACAGAUGCCAAUGAUAACCCACCCGAAUUUAGCAAGAGCCUCUACGAGGUGCGAGUGGCAGAGAAUCUUCCAGUGAAUUCCGUAGUACUGCAGGCAGGCAGGGCGGGCAGCGCUCGGUGGCUGCAGUGCCGGGAGGAGGCUGCGGGCGCCGCUGUUGACCGAGAGGAGCGAGAGGAGGAUCGGAGCGCUGCCGGCAGCCCCGCCCGCUGCGGCCAGGCUGGAUCGCAGCUCGAUCGCUGGAUUGGUCGGACGCAGUAUUUCGCUUUGCACGGGAAGACGGGACAUUUAGUGACGGCGGAGAGGAUCGACAGAGAGCAGCUGUGCGAGCGUGUGCAGCAAUGCGUGCUGCGCUGUGAACUGAUCGUGGAGGGACAGAUGCAGGUUUACCGAAUCCAGGUGGAAAUCAAGGACAUUAAUGACAACGCUCCAAGCUUCCGAGAGGCAGAAAUAGAGCUUAAAAUGACCGAAACGACAGCAACAGGGUCGCGGUUUCUCUUUCCGGAUGCUCAUGACCCUGACUCGGGUCUGAAUUCCCUGCAGAGCUACGAGCUGAGCGGUGACGAGCAUUUCUCGCUGGCCGUGCAGGCGGGCCCCGGCGGCGAUCAGCGUCCCGAGCUGGUGCUGGCCAAGGCGCUGGACCGGGAGGAGGCGGCGUUUCACGAGCUGGUGCUGAGGGCGAUGGACGGCGGCGAUCCGGCACGGACGGGCACGGCUCGGGGCCGGGGGGCCGUGGUGGACGCGAACGACAACGCGCCCGUGUUCAGCCAGGCGGAGUACACGGUGCGUGUGCCCGAGGACGUGCCCGUGGGCUCUGUCCUCGUCACUGUCACGGCCACGGACGCCGACGAGGGGCCGAAUGGACACGUGAAAUACUCGAUUCAGAAAAUUUCAGAGAAAGCCUCACAGAUUUUCCAAGUGGACAGCGACAGGGGAGCAAUCACCUUGAUAGGGAAUCUGGACUUCGAGGAAGGCAACUCUUACGAUCUGGAGGUGCAGGCACAUGACGGAGGCUUUUUCGACACGGCCAAAGUUGUGGUUACCGUGACAGAUGUGAACGACAAUGCCCCCGAAAUCACAGUGUCGUCGGCGGUGAGCGAGAUCGCUGAGGAUGCGCCAUCGGGGACGGUGGUGGCCCUGCUGCACGUGCAGGACCGAGACACGGGGGCAAAUGGAAAA